UGUAUCUACUGCGGUUCACUCUAGCGAGAUCAUUUCAGACUUGAGCACGAGACCCGGUACACUAGUUCCUGACCUGCUUGCGAAACAUUAUUCACCCACCGAGCAUAACGCAGUAGCGAGAAAAAGAGAGAAGGCACCCAACCAUAGUAAACACCAGCCGAACUCACAGAGUCUCAACCAAACAAAUCGAUUAUCACAUCCUAAGGCUUUCAAACAAAGAGAGAAGGCAACACCCAACCGAAUAAACAAUCCUCUCAAUAAACAAGAAGAGCUCGACCAAGAAACUAAACAAUCUAUAGAAUUAUUUGCAAAAAUAAAGAAAUAUAAACAACAUUACCAUACUCCUGAAAAGAGAGAAAGCAUACAACAAAACUACAAGCCCGUGCUUACACCAUUAAUACAACCUGCACCCGAUGACAACCUAUACAAUAUAUUCCUUCAACAAUAUAGACUAAACCAGAAACGAAUGAAAUAUAUUGGAGUCACAACUGACGGAACAGCGGAACAUAUAAUAAAUGCUGUAAUAAAAACUGGAAGUAAUAUUAUACAGACAUUUAUGACUUAUAUACCCACCGAGCAAUCAUACUCUGAUGAGAUGAUGAAAAACUGGAUAACACUAAAAGAAGGCAAACCUAAUUUAACAAAUGAUUAUAAACUAAUCAAAGCACUUGAAGGAUAUAACAACGAAGUACCACAUUUAAAAAUAGUAAUACAUGCUUCGAUGGGACUGUCAAUAAAUGACAAUUUCCGACAAUAUACGGAAAUAUUAACUGGAAA